AGCUACUGGACUGGGUAAGAAGCAAGAACUUUUCAUCUUGUGGACAUCCUUGCCACAUCCUGCUUGAGAGCGCUUCUCAGAUUGGUGCUCCUGGUAUCUCAGUGCUAUGGGAAGCAGGUGCCUGCCCCUGCUCUCAGGUCUCAGUGUCCUGCUGGCUCUGUCAGGAUCAGAUGCCAAGAAUUCUGGAGCUUUCUGUCCCAUAUGCCCUGAACAUGCCAACUGCUCCAACAGCACCCACUGUGCUUGUAAAGAUGGAUUUCAGUCUCCGUCUGGGAGGAGGUACAUCAAGCCCCACGAGAAAUGUGAAGAUAUUGAUGAGUGUAAGGUUGGGCUGGCAAAGUGCAAGAAGGAAUCAUACUGUGGAAAUAAAAUUGGAAGUUACUACUGCAGCUGUUUCUCAAAUCGUGUCUUGAACUGGCUGGCUAGGUUCAUGAAAUUAGAUGAUGAAGCAUGUUAUGAGGGCGCCAGUGAGGAGACAACAUUCUCAGGGAACAUUCAGGAAAUUCUGAGGAACAACAGAAGCAAAGAGCACAUUGCAAAAAUGGCUACCCAAAUAUUUCAAAAAAUGGAAGUGAUCAUAUGGACUGAAGAUUUAGCUUCUCCAGGAAAGCAUGAUAAUUCUACACUUGGUAUAGUCUAUGAAAUCAAGAGGUGCAAUGAGAGAAGUGAGAAGACUGUUCUGGAAGCUGGAAAUAACACUAUGGAUAUCAACUGUACUGAUGCUUUCAAAGGAACCAUAGGAGAUAAAAGUGCAGUUGCGCUUAUCACUUAUCAGUCUCUUUGGGAUAUUCUGAAUGGAUCCUUUUUUAAUGAUGGAAGAGGGACACAGGAAAUGAAACUGAACUCUCGUGUCGUGAGUGGCACCAUUAGUACAAAGAAAAAAGUGUAUCUGUCUGAACCUAUGUUCCUGACCUUCCAACAUAUUCAGCCUGCUGGUGCAAGAACAAAACAUUUCUGUGUCUACUGGAAAGGAUCAGAGGAGGGGGGCACCUGGUCGACAGAGGGCUGCUAUCAUGUGGGCAGCAACGAUUCACACACCAAAUGCAAGUGCUUCCACCUUUCCAGCUUUGCUGUCCUCAUGGCUCUUGUUCCCAAGGUGGAUCCUGUGUUGACCAUGAUCACCUAUGUGGGGCUGAGCCUCUCUCUGCUGUGCCUCCUCCUGGCAGCCCUCACCUUCGUCCUGUGCCGACCCAUCCAGAACACCAGCACCUCCCUCCACCUGCAGCUCUCCAUCUGCCUCUUCCUGGCCCACCUGCUCUUCCUUACAGGGAUUGAUCAAACUGAGCCUAAGGUGCUGUGCUCCAUCGUUGCAGGAGUGCUGCACUACCUCUACCUGGCCUCCUUCACCUGGAUGUUCCUUGAAGGGCUGCACCUCAUCCUCACCAUUAGGAAUCUCAAGGUGGCCAACUACACCAGUGCAGGCAAAUUCAAGAAGUUCAUGUACCCUUUAGGCUAUGGGAUUCCAGCUCUCAUUGUGGCUGUGUCUGCAAUAGUAGGACCCCAAAAUUAUGGAUCACAUACUCACUGCUGGCUCAAGCUCAAUAAAGGGUUCAUCUGGAGUUUCAUGGGGCCAGUGGCAGUCAUUAUCUUGAUAAACUUGGUGUUGUACUUCCAAAUUCUGUGGAUUUUGAGAAGCAAACUUUCCUCCCUCAAUAAAGAAGUUUCUACCAUUCAGGACACCAGAGUCAUGACAUUUAAAGCCAUUGCUCAGCUAUUUAUCCUGGGCUGUUCUUGGGGCCUUGGCCUUUUUAUGGUUGAAGAGGUCGGGAAAGUGAUCGGAUCAGUCAUUGCAUACACAUUCACCGUCAUCAAUGUCCUUCAGGGUGUUUUGCUCUUUGUGGUACACUGUCUCCUUAAUCGCCAGGUGCGAAUGGAAUACAAGAAGUGGUUUAGUGGGAUCUGGAAAGGGGUUGAAACUGAAAGUAUUGAGGUAACACAUUCUACGACCCAAACCAAAACGGAGGAACCAGGGACGUCAUCAGAAGUCUUUCCCAGAAGAGAUGCUCCUUCUGUGCAACCUCAGCAUCAGACUCCUAUCCCUGCUUUUUGGCUAAGAACAUAAAACUGAGCUGCUUCUGGACAGUGCCCCCUGUGGUCACACAUGGAUUGGACAAAUGCCACCAUCUGUAUCUUCCUCCUGAAAGCAGUUCUGAGGCCUUACUCUAUUGGCUUCUCGGUCCUUAGAAAGAAGGGGUCAUGGGGAAACCUCUGAGACCCAUACCCAGUAUUGUUUACCACAUGCCAUUAAAUGUUCAAGGAAUAAUUUUUAAUAAUGAAGGAAUAAGGGGAUUUUCUUCUUCCAGCUAUUGCUACCUUGCCCAGGAUUUAUUGGCCAACAUCUAGAUUCACCUGGCAGGUUUCUCUCUCUGGGCAUUUGAUGUUGCAUUUUAUGCUCUUGAAGAUUUUGCAAACUCGACACUUUCAGAAUUCAGUAAUUCCCAUAUGAAUAAGUAUUUAAAAAGGGGGGUUGCAUUCUUGCAAUGCAAAAUUCCACCACCAUCCAUCUUAGGAGCACGUUGUCAACAGGAAGGGUCUUGUGGCCAGGAGACCAGCACCGACUCCUUUGUUAGAUGACUUUCAAACUUACUCAUUUAUUGGGUUAAUUUUGUUUUCUUAGUGUCAUCUGGAAAUGCUCCCAAACCAACAGCAUGAAGGUCACAGCAGUUGUUUGGCCUUAUUUGUUUUCUUUUAAUAUCUCUAAUUUCUUUUUCAAAGUAAUUGGAUUCUAGGAAUGUUUUUCAGCACUGGAAUUAAUAAAUGCAUGGCUAACUUUGUUACCAGAAGGUAUUUUAAAACCAAUUUUACAUGAUAACAGCAGGAAAGGUAAAAAUAGGAGCAAAGAGUUGCCAGAUUCAUUUGAAGAGAUUUCAUGUGCAGUUUUUAGGUGGUGGACCAAAGACUGUGUCCCUUUUCUGCUUAAUCAGCUCAAGUGUCUCUUCCACAUGGCAGCAAUGCAACAAGAGUAUAUGAUUCACUCCAUCUGCUGGCCUUAAAAUAUUGUUAUUCCUUUUGAACAGUAAAAAUUUUGGGAGAUUCACAUGCUUUCAAAAGGUAUGCCUGCAGUGUUAAUUUUUAUAUCUGCAAUUUCAAAUUUGCACAAAUAAAACUUGCAGGAAAUGCAACCUUCCUGGGCAGUUGACAAAUCCUUGCACUUAAGUCCCACAAGUGUUGCUGCUGUUUUUGUGUUCAAGACAGUUGCAAGAAGAGGAUAAACCAGCCAAAUGUUCUAGGUGCUGUGCACUUGGACCUCUCUAUUCAAUAUUUUUCCUCCCCUCCCAACAUGAAGUCUGCUUUCUUUCUCUUUUCUGCCUCUCUCACUCCUUUGCUUUCUUUAAGAAGUAGCUUCUUCAUCCUUCAAGAACCUUUUCUUCUUCUAGCUCUCAGAAAUCCAUCUCCUUUACCCACUCUAUUAUCAUCUGUAUGACUUGACUUACCCUGUAUUUUGUGUGCUGUUGCACACAUGAUGUGUGUGCUUGUAAAUCAUGCCUGCUUGGAUCAUAAACUUCUGGAAGGUCAGAAUGAUAAAUGUCUUAAUGAUAAAUUAAAAAGGUGAUAAGUGAAAUGUU